CCCAUCUUUUCUAUUUUAAAUUUGUUAAUUCUUAAAUAGCCAGUUUCUUGCAUUCGUCUAAAAGAAUUGUCACACUUAAAAUGGAGUCGACCGAGUCCAAUGGUCGUGUGGUGGACAAAAAUGUCAACAACAUUCAAAACGGCAACAAUGUGCUUUCUUCAAAAAUCACAACGAUAGAAGAAAAUGAAGUCACCGAACUUGAACCUUUGAGAAAUCAACCUAAGAAAGAAGAAAUUGAAGAGAAGACUGGUUUAAAAUGUCAGUGUGGUUGUUUAACAUGGCUGACCUCAAAGAUCCAUUUUUUGCCCAUUUUUACUGCUAUUUAUAUUCUAGGAGUUUUCUUGUUCACAUAUGGUAUUGCUGUUGAAUACGGCCAUGUGGAACCAGAUUUUCCCUAUAUCAGCUAUACAGGCGUCCACCCACCAGAAAGAGGCUGGUUCUCUCAGCUGGUCAAUGUGGGGGCCAUAUUGAUGGCUAUUAACCUAUAUAUACGAUUUUUAAUAAUUCGUUACAUUGUUCAAACUACCAGCCAAACAGAAGCUACCAGAAAUCUUAUCACCCAAGCCAAACGUGUUCUUUUUUUAAAUAAAUUGUUUUUAACAUUUGGUUGGAUAUCUGCUUUCGGGCUGUCAAUGGUGGCCAAUUUUCAGACAGUAGACAUGAGGGGAAUGCAUUAUACUGGAGCCGCCCUGGCAUUUGGUUUCGGGUUUUUAUACUGCUGGACCCAAUCCUGGGUCACUUGGAAGCUGAAUAAAGAUACAUUACGAGUGCCGUAUCUUAUUUCAACGAUCACAGAGUGGUUGUCGGUGUUAAUGGGGUGUGCUUUUUUCACUCUGACCUAUUAUUUUGAUUUUAAAAAAUAUAAACUGACUGGACCCAGUGUUGAACUUAAACAAUGCGAUGGUGCAAUAGAAUCACCUUUACAACAUGUUGCCAUGGAAACUGAAAAUCAUGACACAAGUAGUCAUGAUAAUGUAGUCAUGCAACCAGAAAAUGAAAAUGAAGCAUUAUAG